UGGGCUAGAAAUGCACUUGCAUACAUUUUGGGGUUAAACAUUGAGCCUGAUAACUGUGAAGCCUUUUAUACUAAAGCGCCUUCUAGUGCGUAAGGACUCUGCUGCAUUUCACAGCCUCCAAUAAUCACUGCUUCUGUUAGGAUGGAGGAAUUAUCACAGAACAAAACCAUAUACAGUCUAUGGACAAAACCGCUCACUGCAGCUCUUACGUACCUGAGUCAGUCCUAGCAUUUACCGUAAUAUCUCAGUGCAAGCGCACUUAAUAUCGAAGAGUGGCGGGCUUGACUUUGGACGAGGAGCAGCUGGCUUGACCACAGUGAUAUACGCAUAUUUGUUUAAUCUCCAGACCUAGUAUGGAUGAGAAAAUAUCUCAAAACCACUAUAUGAGGAGCAGCCCUGAACCAGCUGAUCUGGCGGCAGCGUACAGUGACGUCACUUACCGGAUGAGUCCGCAGCUGCAGUUAGUUCACGUCAAAACAAUCCGGAAGACGAUAGAUACAGCAUGACGGGGACGUGUUUCUGUAGCUGAGACGAGGUUAUGAUAUUAUACAUGGUAGCAGAACUAAAUGAUGUUGUUUAACAGAGGGCAAACAUAGCGUUUGGAGUGCUCUUUGUUGUAUGUGCGAGUCAGUACAGUGUCGGGUUUUGGUUCCAAAGUCCAUGUUGACGUUUAUCGCAGCAGCAGCUCCUCAUAUUAAAGUCCUGUAGCUGGUCGCAGACUGAUUCAAAGUCACCAUGGGUAAUGGGAUGAAUAAGGUAGGAUCAAGUUUUUCACUGACCAUGAUUUGAUGUCGUCUGUGGCUUGUUGUGGUCGAACUAUUAGCUAAAAUAUGUGUCAGUCAAUAUCGUCCCAUGUUUUGCUCUGAUUUUACAAGGAGUCAAAAUAAAGUGAACAAAGUAUAGCCUACAGUGGAUAUUAAGUGCAGAAGCUUUAAGUGUAUCAAACCUGUGGCCUCUAAGUGUCUUAAAAUGUUGAUAACCUAAUCAAAACCUUUUUCGUUUUUCCAUAUACUAUAGCUACUUUUACAACCAUUAGAGUACUAACAAUGACUAACAGUACUAUCAGUCCACACAGUAUCCGGUUGUACGGUAGCACUACAUGCAAAUUAUUUCACCUUGCAAAGUAGGUCCUUUGGGCUGGUAGACUGCCUCUGAAUUUAUAGACUAAUCUGUUUUUUGCUGCCCUGAUAUGCCCUGAAUUCACUGCACCUUUUAGCAAGGCAUUUACUGUAAACUGCAGUACUCUGGCCAACCCUAACCUUUGACCCUGACCUUUGACCUUGUGACAAGAGAGUCUUUAUGCAACUUGGCCCCAAGAAAAAUUCAUAUCCAUGCGUUAUUCCCACAUUGUUAUGCAGUAGUUUAGUACAAGUACACACAGUAGUUGCAUGGACAUGACAAAUUAUAGGAAUGACUUAAAGGGAUAUUCCGGUGUAAAAUUAAUUUAGGGUCAAACACACUGUAACACUGAGUUCAACACCCCGUUGAGAGGUGAAUGUUGCUGACCGCUUGCUUCUCUAGUUAUACCAACUUUAGUGACGACCGCAGGAUAGCAAUACAGAGAGCCAUACGCUCAACCAAAACGCCACUCUAUAGCCACAAAUAAUUCUUAGAACAGCACCUAACUUCAUCAACAGUACAUAUAGGGUCCUAACCAUAGUACUAGCCACCAAACAUCUUUUAAACUUUGCUAAAUUUCUUUAGCAAAGAGGCUAAACACAACUCACCUACUCUCUUCCAGCAGCCGCUUGUUUGUAGCGUCUCUAUAGGCCAGCCCAUUAUGGACAUUUAUGAUAAUUUCUUCAUGGAAAUGCAAUCAGACAGAGAUGCUAAGGCAGAAGAACUACUGCGUCUGCAGUGCAAAAUGAUUAAUAUGAUGGUUAUUACUUUAAGGUAAUGAUAAAGAAAUAAUCAUAAGUGUUCUUCCUUGAGCUGCGUCACCCUGCAGCAGUCCGUAAUGGACUGGCCCGAGGUCUCCAUACAAACAAGCGGCUGCUGGAAGAGAGUGGGUGAGUUGUGUUUAGUCUCUCUGCUAAAGAAAUCAGGCAAAGUUAAAAAGAUGUUUGGUGGCUAGUGCUAUGGCUAGGACCCUAUAUGCACUGUUGAUGUUCCUGUUUAUGGCUCCUCAGACUGUUGUUUAUUGCUCCCCUGUGGUCAUUACUUGAGUUGGUAUAACUAGAGAAGCAAGCAGUCUGCAACAUUCAUCUCUCGAGGGGGUGUCUAACUCGGCGUUACAGUGUGUUUGACCCUAAAUUAAUUUUACACCGGAAUAUCCCUGUAAAUGAUUAACCCUGACUUGUUAGAGGAGAUCAGGGGUGUCUAUUAUGCUUAAGGCAUUUUGAUGGCACAGUCUGAGCCUGCUGUCUUUUAGAAGUGGAAAUCACCACUAAUCAAUACAAAGUUCUUUGACCAAACUCCUUUCUAUCCUGAUUGCCUUGAGCUCUGUAGUAGGAGGAGGAUGUUCCCAUAUGUAGGGAUCACAGGGUUAGUGUAUGGUUUGAUAAGAGUGAGUCAUACACUAAAGCCUGAACUGUAACCUCAGACAAACUCACUUAGAAAUCUUCGAAAGACUUUUGAGCCACACAUUAGGCAUCAGUCUUUUAAACUAUAAAACUUGUAAGAGAGAAUAUUAUGAUUGUCUCUAUAGUACAGCUUCAUGGAAUGACAAAACCAAAGAUGAUGUGCUUUUAACACACCCGGUAUUACCCGCAAACAUCUGCUGCUUCACUGUACUACAGUACAGUAGCACUGAAGCUGUGGAGAAGCCCUUAGAGGCUGCUUUCCACUCAUCACUUUGUCCUGAUAAUCAUGCAUCGAUGCUUCAGGCCUUGUAUGGAGCUUGUAAGGAAUCGUUCCUUUGCUGGUUCUUAAGCCUUAAGCCUUAAAUCCUAUCUGGCUCAACCCAGGACAGUGAAGUUUUUGAAGCUUGUGAUGAAUUUCUAACCUGAGUUGAACAUGUCUGUGAAUGCUGCUUCACAGGUUGUUGAUGGGCUUUACCUGGGGAACAUAAGAGGUAAGAGAAAUCUAAAAUCAGUCGAUUGUUAGUUUCUGAUGUCAACAGUUGCAGUGUCAGGGAAGGAUUUCAGUGUCGAAGUCAGAUGUCAGCCAUUAUUGGCCAUGUAUUUAAAGAGAAAGGAGGGACAUGGAGAUUUAUUCAAAAGAAUAAAGCAACUAUUAGCCAUUAUUUUUCUUCAACUGCUUCAUUGCUUUUUGGUGGUUUAAUACAGCAGUCUAUACUUUAGAGAAUAUACCCAUAAAAUGCACAGACUUUGUUUGCCUAUCAUGUGUGAGAUUUCAGGGUAAGACGACAAGUGUGUGUUGCUGAGAAUAUAAUGUAAUUAUCUAGAGAGUGAUGCGAAAAUGAGAUUCAGCUGAGUGUCACUCAUUCCUUGUCCUGCAGCAACCUCUUCCCAGUUAAUGUGCAGCUUUCUAACUUUAGCUGCAGCGAUGAUGACAUGAGCAUAACGGCUAAAAUUAGUUCAAGUGACAGGAGCAAGUGACCGCAGGCCUAGCUGUCCCAGAUGAUAAUUCAGGAUAGCAAACAACCCAGAGAUUUUCUGUUUACAAAGACGGGUGAAUUGUUAUGAUGAUGUUAUGAUGUGAUUUACAUACUGGUACCAAUUAGUUCCCUGUUUUUAUCCUCAGAUUCAGAAAACAAAGACAGUCUUUCUAAGAAUGGAAUAACCCACAUCCUGUCAGUGUAUAACAACGCCAAGCCUGUGUUUGAGGUUAGUGGAAAAUCCAUGUUAGCGACGUCAAGAUUUGUGUACUUCCUGUGGAAAUUUUACCUGCAGUUUUUUUUCCCAAUACAAUCAUGCGUAAAAUGAUGUGUUGUGUCCCAUCAGCCAGAGGGGGGUGGUGAUGAGUUGUGAUUGGAAAGGCAGAUGGCCAUGCUGUCCACUGUGUCAGUGCCUUUAUGCUCAACAUCUCAGGCUAAUUUUACUAACAUCUAGUUUCUUAAGCUUCUCUCAAACAGCAAGAUAAAUAUAAUUUUCCCCAGAAUCAUUAUAUAAUGCUGAACUUAAGUGAGCUAAAACUGUGACUAUAAUCAGUGUAAAAGUUCUCGUUUAUUGUACAGCUGACUGAGGGUUCACAUUGGAGAGAAGUGACAAAUGCUCAGUAUUAAAACUUUUCCUUAAAUUCAGUACCCAGUCGUGAAGUCGUUUGUAUUUAUUUACAACUUGUUAAUGUUUUUUUCAUGAAUGUUUCACAGGACAAGAAGUACCUUUGUAUUCAUGCAGCUGAUGCUUCAAGCCAGAACCUGUGAGUGAACACACACUCUCUUACACUCACACAGAUUUAGAUUUAUUAAUGUUACUUUCAUCUCUGAUUUUAAAUAUCCAUUUCAAACUUGUAUGAGUCACGCUGUUGCAUUUCAACACUAUCACGCUCUGGUGCCAAGUGUUACAAAGUCGGUAUGAAAAUCCUUGUCACUUAUAAAACAGAUGGAUUUUUUAAAACAGUUGCAUGUUUUUAUUCAGGAAUUUUUGGUUGUUUUCUACUAACAAGGGAUUUUUUUUUAAAUUUAUGCAGAGAAUGCUUGAAUUUAAACAGAAGUGUAGAACUGCUCAAGUUUCUCAUUCAAAUUAAAAACGUUUCAUUUCAGUCCAUCCAAUGACUUUAAGGUUUGUGAAGCAAACCAGAACCUGCAAAUAAGAAACUUUUCUUUGUACUGUUUUGAUUGUUUGUGUAUUUUUGCGUUAGGUAGGGACACAAGCAGAGAGUGGGGCAGAGAGAGAUGGAGUAAGUGUGUCCAAUGUGUCAUUGUUCAUCAGGAUCUGGCUUGAUGUUGUAAGAGCAGUGAGCUGUCCCUCCACCCUUUGAGCAGCUGCCAGCUCAGUGUGUUAGUCAUCACAUUUAUCUAAGUUUCUAUGCAAGGCCUUUGAGUACUUGUACAACACAAGUAGGGGUAAUGUUUGAUUAAACACUGUACAGUCUGAGGACAAAAAACACAAACUUGUGUUGCAGUUUGAGCAUCAAUGCAAAAGAGCAGCAUCACAUCUAUGAGUGUUGAAACUGGUGAUGGAACGUCAUUUCUGCUGCACUGGUGCCUUCUGCUGGUUAGCGGGAGUUCCUGCACAGGUGAACUUGUUUGCAUUAAUCUCCAAUGCAGUUAACCAUUCCCUGUGAAGAGUGCAGAGUGUCUACAUUUUGCCUAUCUGUCAUCUUUAUACACUAAGAAAUGCUUUUAUAGUUAUUUUUUUCGGCUUAAUUCUAGUAGAGAUGACCUUGUAGGUGUCCUGUAUUUCUGCAGACAUUGGAGUCAUCUUGCAUUUGAAGAAAAAAAGUUGCUGCUUGAAUUUGCAAACAAGAAACAAAGCUGUGUACAAUAUAACUUAAUGAAAAUAGCAUUUUUCAGUUUAGCUGUGAUGUUGUUGAUUGGGUGGGGUUGGAGGUGUCUGACCUCCACUGUCGCAAUCAAGUGUCCUUCCCUCAGGCAGCAGAGGAAGGAAACCUCAGUGUGACAUCUGGCUGUUGGGCCCCGACCACCCAGGACUUUAAUAAACCCCUCUGUCACAAUCACUGAUCUGCCUGAUGGGAAUGGUGAGGCCCACUGACGCCCCACUGCGUGAAGGAGCCACUGUGGACAUAUCUGAUGGGCCCUCCCAUGUGCAUAGCCUGAAUGUAGAGCUACUGUGGCUGUUUAAAGCUGUUAGAAUAACCUUAGACUUCUAUAGAGCUCCUAUGAUCAAGCCUCGGGAUGAAUUACAGUCAGGUUCAUUUUGGACAACUUUAAAUCAACGUUAUGAUCUGAAUAGGCUCCUAACAUUUCACCUAAUAAUGAAUAUGACAACGAUAGCUACAACCCCAAUUAAAAAGAUUUGGAUGGUGUGUAAAAUUCAAGGAUUCAAGGAACUUUAUUUUUCAUACCCCACACCUUUUACAGUUUGUGGUUUGAGAUUAGUACCCAGGUCCGUUUCCAAGCCAAAAUAAUAGGAUACGAUACAAAAGCAAUUAUAAAAACAUUUAAGAGCAAUAAAAGACAAAAGCAAAAUGUAAACAAGGUAAAAAAAAAAAGCAAUAGUCAUCAAUCUAAUGCUGGUUAAAAAAGGUUUUGAAAAUCAUUUCAACCUCAUUGAAAAUAUUGCAAAUGCGUAUCAAAUGUUGAAAUUGAAAGAUGUUUUAUGAAAAAUAUCUGCUCAUUUCAAACAUGUAGCAAACAUUUCAAAAAAGCUGGUACAGGGAUAAGUUUGCCAUUUUGUUGCAUCACCUCUUCUUUCAACACCACAAACCUCAGGGAGGAGACCAGCUUGUAGACUUUUGAAAGUGACAAUGUUGUCUUUCCCGACAUGAGGCAUCAACUGCUACUUUUUUUACUUCAUGAUGCCCUAGUGAUGAUGUCGGGAUCACAGCCAGGCCGGUUGAGCACCAGGACUCUUCUAUGACAGAGCCAUGCUGUUGUAGCACAACCAGAAUGUGGUUUGACACUGUCUUGCUGAUAUAUGCAGGGUCUUCUCUGAAAAGGCAGGAUGAUAGCAUGUUACUCCAAAACAUGUUGAGAUAUACUUCAGCACAAGUAAUAUAAAUGUUUUUCUAUUUGCAGGGCACAUCCUGCAUUUGAGGAUGCACUAUUGGAAGUGAUCUUGACUCCAUGCAGUCAUUUCCACUACAGAGUCACGUCUGUAUUUAAUGCGAGGUGCCCUCAGGCCUGAAGCAAUAUUGGUUUUGGUCCUUGUCCCUUUUGUACUAAGUUUCUCCCGGUUCUCUGAAUCUUGUAGUGAUAUUAUGAUACUCUGAUUAAAUCUACUAAUUCUUUGACAUUUUACACUGAGGAACAUUACUCUCAAACUGUUGGGCUAUUUGUUCACAUAGUCUCUGUCAGAGUUUCUAUCUUUAUUCCUGAGACUCUCAGCCUCUCUUAACUGCACUCUUUCAUACUUAGUUAUGUUACAAACCUGAUGAAAAAAACCUCAUUUCUCAGGAAGUGUUCCUCCAGGGGAUUUUUUUUAAACAUGACACAUCUUUUCCAGUGUAUUUGGCUUGCAUAAAUAGCAUAUUUUUCAUUAAACAUACUUUUUUCAGUUUUAACAUUUGAUUUGUUAUCUGUGCGCUGUUUUCAUUCAGUUAAAGGUUUCAAUAAUUUGCUGACUGUCAGAAUCUGUUUGUAUCAGCAUUGUAUGCAGUGUUUUGGAUUUGAGGUUGUAAAUGCAAACCUCCCACAUGUUUUGUCAUGCAUGCAGUGUGUGAAAAAUUGCCAAACCAAGGUUACAUUCCAGUAGCAGCUGGCUGGGGUAUCAAGCCAUCAUUGCUUAUGUCAAUGUUAAUGUGGAAUUGCAAUCUUGGAGACUGAUAUGAAAAAAGGAAACAUUUAAGAAGGAUUGUACAACAUGCUGAAAUCUCUAGAAAAUAAUACGCACAUGCUCAUGUUAGUGAAGGAACAGGCGUUUCCCUUUAGUUAACAUUCACAUAACAAUGCUGUUAUAAGUUCAGUGUACACCCUGCACUGAUGAACCAUGAAGGUGUCAACUCAUUUGCACCAAACAUUUUCUAAAUUGAGAUGUGUGAUCAUGUGAUCUGUCCACCACGAUGCACUUUGGUUAUGAAUACGGUGGUACAUCUUCUUCUUUAAGUGAUUUCUCACACAUAUUGGUGCAUUUGUAUGAAUCAAAGACCCGCAGGAGCUUAUUCAGCAGCUCAAUAGUGACGUCUACAAGUUUCUUGUGUUUCAGUACCAUCCUCUAUUUUCACAGCGGGUUAAAACCUCAAAUGUUUGUCACAAGGUAAUUUUCUGCACAUUAAACAAGAACGCCGGAAACCUCUGUGUUAGGAAGACAGACCAAAGUGCUGAGGAGACAUCUUUUGAAGAGGAGUUAGGAUCUCAAGGAGGAGAAAAAAGAAAAGGAGCAGUCAAUCUAUUUUAGCCUCUGUCUGUUAUUCUGUCUGCUAUUGAGUAACCAGCAUCUGCUCCUCAGGAGACGCUGCUAUCAGCCAUGCACUGCUCGGUUAUGCAAAACCCCAUCAGUGUUUCCUGACAGUGACCAAGUAGGAUAUUUGAGGAGCUGUUUCUCUGCGCUGAGCUGUUUGUCUUCCCUUUUAUUUCAGAAGAGGCCUCGAGCUCUGGUGGUGGUGUGUGUGUGCUCAUGUAAGAGGCAGAGAGGGAGUCAUGUCUGUCUGAGUUUUUGUUUAUCUGUUUGUUUCUUUUUGGGCUGAGAAACCAUUUCACACAGAUGAAUUUUUAGCUCUUGUUGGCCUUCCUUUUAUAAAGAGUCCCACGCAUGUUAAAUGUCCCAGAAUGAAGCAGGAAACGAAGUUUGUGCUCUAUUUUAGUUGUGAAGUUUAAAAUAUUCACUUGAUCCUUUUUAGACACUGAAUAAUAACGAAUGCUGGAAACUGGUGAAAUUUUGCAGAUAGACAAAACCCAGGCCAGUUACUUCCUUGUCUGUCCCUGCUGUCUGUGUUCAUGUCUACCACAGACUAUCUGUUUGAGUGUACUGAAGCCUUUUUCUCACAUGACAGGUUGGAGUAGUGGAAAAGUACUUCUCUUCGUCAUGGAUGUUUCUCAUCUCGAAAUUGACUGAGUUAAUUAAAAAAAAGAAAAAAACGCAUCCAAGACAUCCUGAUACCCGUAUCUUUUUUAGAGUUACCUGGAGUUUCCACUGUCAACAUCCAAACAUCUUGUUUUACAGUUACAGUGCAAAGUUGGGGCCCCAGCACACAGGAGUUUCAGUUCAAGUGUCCUUUUUCAUAUCCUGUAAUGAGUGGUUUAUUUUUAGCUUAACAAACCUGAUACCACUGUACCUUGCUCAAAAAAGUUUUCUGACAGUACUUUUGUUUUUGAUUUGUUUCCAAAAACUACGUAAACCACCUUUACAUUAAAUCAGUCAGAUUUGAAAGUAUUAAGUGAUACCAAAGUAAGUUUUUGUGUGUUUUCUCUGCAGAUUACAACAUUUUAAAGAGUGCAUCAGCUUCAUCCACGAGUGUCGCCUGAAUGGUGGAUCUUGUCUUGUACACUGGUAAGUUUAGAAGUCUUGGCCUGGAAGUCGUGCCAUGUUGACGUAGUGUUUGGAUCUGUACCAGGUCAUGGCUCAAGGCCUAUAAAGAGAAAUUCAACGAUUAGAAAAAGAGUUCUUUCACACAUUUAACAACUCAUAUCCAAUGGUAGUACAGUUGAAAACACUGCAGCCAAACAUGACGUGAGAAGAUAUUUUUUUUAUUAUGAAAUGUUUUUACAUCAGAACAGAAAAAAAUGAUUUUAUUUAUACCUUCAACUGUUCCAGACAACCAAAUUGUGUAAAAAUAAAAAUAAGAAUAGACUAGAAAUGAACUAAAUCUCAUAACUCUGUUUCCAGUGAUCAGUGUGUCCUCUGUGCAGUUAUUCAAAUGUAUAUUACUGCAAAGGUAGUUCCCCAAUAUUGAAUAUUUUACUAACAUUUCUAAUUUUACUACACUGUUCUUGCAUUUAAAUACACCAUAUCCAAAUUUUGAAGAAGUCUGUGUCAGUCACAUUGUUUUAUCACGAAGUUUAUGAUGCCACAUGAUUGGUCAGCUGUCAAUAAUUUGAUCAGAAAGCUGAAGAAUGUGUCUCAAACACACACAAGGGUUAACCCUUUGCUAAAUGCCAAAUCAAACACAUGCUACGUGUGUAAUCCAUCAAACAGGAAGUUCACCUCUGCUCAGACUUAUCUAGUUUGAACACAAUGUGUAAUCACAGAAAGAGAGAAGAAACAGAGGAAACAUUACAUAAUAAAAGAGUGAAAAUUGUCACUGAUCAUCAUCAAGCUCAACUUGGACAUUCAUCAAAACAUCUUGGUGAAAAUAAGGCGUGAAGGUCCUGUGAGGAGUUUUUGUGUGAUUGUGACUGUGAUCAUCAGCUUGAAAGAUGAAAAUGUCUCAGUUGUUAAUUUUGAUGGCUGAAACUCCUGUGAGGGGGAAGGUGUCAGACCAGAUAAAAGCUUAAGAAGCAGCCUUUUUUUCUAAGUAUUUCAUUGCAAAUACUCACAGCGAGUGACACAUUUCAACUGUGAAAGACAACAGGAUGAGUGUACUUUGUCUGAGAAGACUGCUUUCAAAGAUAAGAGAGAGAGAUAUCACUUUGUCCAGAGGGGUUCAAGCAAAAGUUCUCCAUAGCAGCUUUAAAUAACUGGACUCUGUAUAAAAAUGAUCUGAACUGAGUGCUUUGCUCUGCUGCAGCCUAGCAGGUGUGUCCCGCAGCACCACUAUGGUGGUGGCUUACCUGAUGACCGUCACCCACUACAGCUGGGAGGAGUGUCUGUCUGCAGUCAAGGCUGUCCGCUCCUUUGUCGGCCCAAACUAUGGCUUCCAGCAGCAGCUACAGGAGUACCAGACGACACAAUUGUCAGAGGUAAACACGUGAGGAAACAGGGACACAAUGAACGCAUACACACUCUACUGAAUGAAUCCUGCAGAUACCGAGUGCUUUGAUGUAGACAUAAAGUCAGAGCAGAUCUUUGAGUUGUUUCCUUUCUGACUAUGAUUUUGUUUUUUGUUUUUUUCUGAAGUAUUUUGUGGCUGCAGUAGCUCUCUGUCGAUGCUUUAAUGUGUUAUGUCUUGUUGGUUGGGAUUCAAUUCAAGUGAAAUGUGCACAGGAACUGACCUGAGAUGACACAUUAAACCAUCAUUCAGUGGUUAGCCUGUCAGCCGUUAACUGUGGCUGUCUCGUCAUGGAAUAAAGCAUACCUGACAGCUGCAGUGGACUGUCUCUGUCUCAGUAAAUCUGCAUUGUUCCUGUAAUUUAGUUUUUUAUGCCUGUUGAGGCAAAUAUUGUGUUUCACAGUAACCCAUCAUCCUGAUAGCUUUCCUGAGAACUCCAAACACCCUCCUCUUCUGCACAUUUAUUUAAAUAUAUAUUUCUGUUUAGAUUUGACUUCAUUAUCUACUCCAUUGUGUACUUUUCAGGGACACUCUAGGUUGCUGCUGUUUUGCAUCACUUUACGUGAGGACACCUAGCGUGUGAUUCCCUCACGAUGACUCUGUCACAGCCUUUGACUGGAGAAGGGGAACUGUGGGGACUGUGGGGGUGGAGCGGGGUGGGUGGGGGGGGAGUUGCUGCGAUUGCAUUAGCUUGGCACUGCUCAUCACGUGUUUAGCAUUACUGUCAGCAUCUUGCAACACAACAUGACUGAAAAAAAAGAAACUCAUUGUUUGUAGAUAUUGUACUGAUUUCGAGGAUUUAAGAGGAAACAGGUUUUUGUGCUUGUGUUUUCCCCACAUCUGCCUCUGAUAGAAAGUGAGUAAAGAGCGGAGUACUAAAGUCUCUAAAGCAGCUUACAGCUUUGUUUACUGCAGCGGCAACAAGGCAGGAGAUUUACUGAAGUUCACAUCCAAGGACUGUCUUUCAAACACAGUCAAGGAAAAGAGAGGUGACUUUCUGGUUCAUUCCUGUUUUAUUGAAGCUCUCAUUAUCACUGAGACUGAGCUGGUGGGCCAGAGAGUCUCAUCAACAGAAAGCUGUUUUACUGAUGAGGAUAAUCUCAUUCAGGCUAAUGAAAACAAAGUGCAAUGCAUGAAUUAGGAGAAAGAAUGAAAGUGUAGGACUUAAAAAGACUUUCUUUGUUGUAACCCAGUCGACCAGUGAAGCUGGGAGUUUCCACUGUUAACGCACUGACUCUUUCUAACCUUUGUCAAGGCCUCAGAAAUUAUCUAAAUGUGCUCACCUGCAGUGUUGCAAUCAGCCAAGAGUUUACCUUCACUUUGACUAGAUUGCAGCUACCAUGAAAUCUCAGACCAUGAUUGGCUGAUUUUCUUGUCAGAGGCAGAGCAUACAGGUGCAUCUCAACAAAUUACAAUAUUGUGAAAACAUUUUUUCCCCAUUUUAUUUUGUAAAAUGUUUAAACCUUCAGGUUUUCUUCAUACAUUAGAUGUUGAGUGUAAUUUUACCUCUGUUUUUAAUUCAAUGAUUUGGGCUGACAGCUCAUCAAACUCAUUCUUACCUUCAGUAUUUGGUUGUGGGUGCUUUACCAUGAAACACUUUCUUAUAACCCUGAUGAAGACCAUUAACUUUUUCAUGGUAUUCUCAUUUGUAGAGAUGCACCUGUAUAUUGAGAACAGCUGUUUGUGUUGUGUUUAACAGGCUGCUGAUUGCUUCUCUUCAUUUAAUUGUGAAACAUGUCCUUGAGGAUUUCAAUACAUUCGAUUUCAUUGUUGCCUCUCUGUUCAGUUACCUUUCAAAGUUAAAAAUGAUGCAUAAGAAUUAAACAUUUUAGAAUUUUUAUGUAAGAAGUUAAAGGUGUUAUAACUGGAGAAAACCCUCCUGGCUUUGGGUGCUUGUCAUCCCUGACCACCACUAUAGAAGUCUGUGUCCCAGUUUAGCCCCCCAGUCAAAAACUAGACUUAGACUUUCUUCAUUUGUCAUUGCAUAGAAUAAAACACAGCAGUGAUUCCUCUCUGCAACAAAAUGUCGUUGCUUGGCUUCCAUAUCACAGCAUGAUGGUGUUUAAUUUAAUAUACAGAAAAAAAUGAAUAAAUAAAUGAAAAACUAAGGGUUAAAUAUCAGCAUGGUGAGUAAUAUUGCACUUUCUGGAGGUAGAGUGGUAGUGGAAUAAAAAACAAAUAAAUAAAAUAUAUAUAAAAAGAUAUAUGUUCUCACUUGACACACUAAAUUCAGAAUAAAAUCUUAAUACAUUUAAUUUGUUUAAUUUUAACCUUUCAGAAAAUAAUACAUUCAUAAAACUAAAAGAUUCACAGAUCCCACAUUAAAAAAAAACAACAACACUCAAGGCCAAGAAGAAAAAAAAACAACAACAAAAAGACAAACAAAGAAAAACAAACAAAAGAAGAAACACACAGCCAGUCUUAGGAGUGUUAAUACAGCCCAGUUUCAGCCUGAACAUGAGUUAUGGAACAAACUACACAUACAUGAUGCAACAACAGGGAAUACAAUCCAAAAGUGUCACAGUUAAAGUGUGUAGAGAUGUGAAGAUUCAUUUUUUUCUUCAACUCGUGAGUGUGUGUGUGUGUGUGUGUGUGUGUGUGUGUGUGUGUGUGUGUGUGUGUGUGUGUGUGUGUGUGUGUGUGUGUGUGUGUGUGUGUGUGCGCGUGUGUGACUUUCAAAAUGCAGUGUCCUGACCCACCUAGAAAAGCAAGGAGAGAUGACUAGCAUUUUUAACUUAAAGGAAAACAAAAAUUUUACUUUAUCAACACCAAUUUUUUGCGCCGUGUCUUCUGAAUUCAUCAUCAAAUUCACAUUUUUACUUCAUUCUGUUUGAUAAGGAGAGUAAGAAUUUUUCAGCUCCUGAAUGGUUUCUCUUUCUUUUUCAAUAUGACACAAAGAUAUAAAUCAUAAUUUUAUACAGCUCCUGAUAAUAGAUUCAUUGAUGUGUUAUCUUUACUGUUAGUCAAAAUAUAAACUCAUUAGUCCUGCUGUGUCUAGGUCAUGAGUCAGAGCUGGACUGAUUUAGUGUUUGAGUUGAUUGAAUUAACUCUUAACUUCAGAAGAUAAAUGUGAAACAAUCAGAGUUACUUUCACUUCAUAGUAUUUCGUAAAGACAAGCAUUGCACAAAGCUACUCAGAAUUCCCAGUCAUUUUUUGAGACAUGGCAGUCAAUCUGCUGCUGCGGGUACUACAACAACAACACUUAAUCAGAAGCUUUGAUUGUAUUUUUCUCUUCAACUGGAACACCUGAGAAGUGAAACGAAGACCAAGAGACUUUUCCACCCUCUAGUCAGGAUUCCUGCUUUACCCUGUCAUCACGUCUUUUUUCAUGGAUGGCUGCUGAUUCUCACAAACUGAAUGUAGACUGUUGAUGUGCCGAUUGGGGUUUUAUAAUUUUUGAAUUUCCAAAGUGACAAGCAUGUUUUUCUUUUAGACUUACUUGAGGAAAUGUAAGAGGAGAAGGGGGAAAUCUUGAGUCUCAGGUGACGGUGUGUGCAGGCGUGUCUGCAGAGGGAUGACUGUUACUCAGAAACAUUUUAUAAAAGACCUCUCUGUCCUGCAUCGCACUACUUCUCGGUACUUACUCCUACUCAGAUUGCCAUUAAUACAUACUUUUCAGUUUGUAAAAGUUCUGUUGAAAAUGUGUCAUCAUCCUUGUAUGAACAAGUUGCUUUUGUUUGAUGGAGAAAAAGGUCAGAUGUUCAAAAAAAGAGGAUCUGAGUGAACUUUUCCCAGGAGCUCAUUGUAAAUGUUGAAUGUUCUGACUUUUAGUUGUUGGGUAAAAAAGAGAAUUUUACAGCAUAUUAGGAACAAAAACCACAACACUGUCUGUUUUUCAUUAGGUAACAAUUCAUGUAAAGCAAUUUGACCUUAACCAAAUUACUACAGAGUGCUUUAAUGACAUUUUUGUAUCUCUCUGUUCCCAGUAUCGAGCCUGGUUACGGUCCAGUUUCCGUCCCAGUCCCUUCAAUGACCAGGAGCAGGUGGGCGCCCUCCUGAGCCAGUAUACAGAGCAGCAGGAGAGCCAGAGGAGAGGAGGAGACCACCGCUGGAUCAGUCAGAGCGAAGGUGUCUGUGCUCUGCCUUCAGACUCCAAUGGUCCUGAAGGCAGCAGCUGAAACACCACGUCGGCCUGUGCCAAAGUCCUGCCAAACACUGUCCACAGACGGCAGUAGUUAUUACUCUGUAUUACCCAAUUUUAAAUCAACCUGAGGGGGAUUCAAACUGUGAGGCCUUUGUUUAGCUUAGGGAGCAUAGAGUGAAAUUAUUCCACCUUAAAAGCCAAGGAUAAAUUAGAUAGUGAAUUUACACGGACGUGGUCUCUGCUGUGUCAUCUGUUUUUCCUGAAGAGACAUUUUGAGGCUUAAUGACUGAGGGUGCUGUAAUGAAAACACAACACACAGAUAAAGAGGUGAAGAUGAGGCUUUUAUCCUCUUGGCAUGAUGCACAUUUAUGUUCAGCUAAAUCUACAAAUAUAUGAAAAACGUCCCUCAUUCAUUGUGUACCUUGGAAUAAUUGACCUGAACAAUCCAAACUGCUGGCAGUAACAUGACCGUCUAUGCUCUUGAGUUGGAAAUUUCAACCUGAAACCUGAGAGAAAUCUCCCGGCCUUUGCAGUCAGACAAGUGGACACUGAAGGAGCAGCAGUUUUCUUUGCACUUUUGCACUGACUUCAUUUUUCAACUCCUAAAGUUGUCUCUUAAGGUUGAUUUGAAAUUGAGCUACAGAGCCUUCUCCACUUCUAGUACCGCCCAUGUUUCCUUAACUGAAAAAAGCCACAACAGGGGUCUCGGUGCUCACAGACGCCUUACUCUAAACACCUCUGCACCUUAGCCAUAAUGAAUAAACUCCACUUCCAUGAGGACUUGGUUCACCUCAGAGACCCGGUGUCUAACAUGGUGUCUUAAAGGAACAUUUUGUCUCCCCUUAUGGAGAUGUAUAUUUGAUGUCUGCAGUAAUUAUUUCCACUAUCUAUUCAUCUGUUUGAUAUGUUCAUUAUAAAUCUAUCUAUACUCUGAACUCUGGAUGAGAUGUCAGAAAUUGUGGAAUUUGAUGCAUUUUUUUCUAGAAUAAUAGUGCAAAACCAAACAACAAACAAAAGGCACAAAUUUUUAUAUCUUAAAAAAAAGUGGAACCAGCACAUGUUUGGCGUUUGUACUUGAAAAUGAGUUAAAGUAAUAUAUUCUCGAAACAGAAAGCAGUCUGAAGGCUAAAUGCUUGACUAAAGGAGUUCAAAGAUUAAUCUUUGUUGCUCUGGCCACGGUUUUAUAGCGGCUCCACUAGCUACUUCAACGUGUCACAAUAAAGAUAGUUAUAUCACUUUUGCACAUCACUGCCCUCGGAGUAAACAGCAUUUGUUUGCACCCAGUUAUGUACUUACUCUGCACACUGUACUGUAUACUUUACCCAUGUCUUUAACAAACUCCAGCACUAACAAUCUACAGACCGCAUUGUGACCUUAAAUUGGUUUGUGUGGGUGUGUAGCUUUGUUCUAGGUUUUGCAGUCCCUACGCCCCUGAACCAGCCAACCACACCGUUGUAAAGAAAAAACAUUGAAAGACACAAAGGUUGUAACAAAGGGAGUACUUACUAAAAUUGACAAAAUGUUCCUUUAAGUCAGUGGUUCUCAAGUCCAGUCCUCGAGUCCCACUGUCCUGCGUGUUUUGGAUGUUUCCCUGCUCCAACACACCGGAUUCAAAUGAUCAGCUCGUUAUUAAGCCAUUACAGAGCUUGAUAACGAGCUGAUCAUUUGAAUCAGGUGUGUUGGAGCAGGGAAACAUCCAAAACAUGCAGGACGGGGGAGACGGCUCGAGGACUGGAUUGAGAACCACUGCUUUAAGUAAAGCAUCACAGGUGAAUCUUGUCAACAUGAAGUAUGCAGAGUGAAACUAUAACUAAACCUGAAGGAUCUCUCUCUCUAAGUCUUCCUGAUUUUACUGAAGUUUAAUGUUUUUAUUGUGAAAAAGCAGAUUUUAAAGUGAUUGUGUCAUAAAUUCUUGGGUUUAUUUGUUUGUUUAAAUUGCAUAUUUAUGGUGUUUUUUUUUGUUUGUUUGUGUUUUAUAAUAAAAUGCAGUGAUGACAAAAACAUGGAAAUGCUAAUAAAUCUCUACUAUCAACACCACA